UCCAUUUGAUGUUCUUGAAAUGCGCCGAGGUGGGAGAGGAACAAAGUUUUCAGUGGCUGUAGGAUCCUCACUUGUUAAACAUUUGGUUAAUAACGGCGUUAUGUCUUUUGGCACCAGUUUUGAACAAACCGGUUUGCAAAAUUGAUUUGAAGCCAUUAAAUUCCGCCUGACUUCUCAGGUGUUUAGGUCUACCAGCUGAGGGAAUGUGUUAAAGUUAGUCUAUUUCAUGCAUUCGGCGUAGACCUUAUAUCGUAAACCAACGCGGCAAACUCGUGUUUAAAUUUUAACCGUCAGUUCCGCUUUCAUUUUCCCUGUUUUAUUUUCAUACCCGUUGGGAAGGAAAUACGUAUCAACGGGCCACACUGCAUCAGGGACUCAUCCCCGGUAACUGAUCUACCAUCACCAAACAAGUCUUACAUCUGUUCCACUUUGCUGCUUAUUUGGGCCAAGAACCGCCCACUUAGACAAGAAGUUACCAUCUGACCGAUAUAUGAAAUGACCAACCAUGGUUCGUAGAAGUUUAGGAGCAGGUUCAAAAUGGAACAUGAAGCAGAGACGUACCAGCAGAGACUGCAGGCUAUAGCGGAGAAAAGGCAGAUACAGGAGGAACAAGAGCGAAUCAGAAGAGAGAAAGAGGAUGAAAGACUGAGACUUCAGCAGCUUAAGAGGAAGUCCCUUAGAGACCAAUGGCUGAUGGAAGGGCCUCCCACUUCUCCUGACAGUACGGGGCCCCGAUCGCCUCUCUGGGGCCCCAAGGCUCAAGAGAUAGAGAAACACUUUGAAAAAUUACAGGAAACAUCCGAGUGGUUGGCAGAGGAGGAGGUCAAACUGAACAAACAUAUAGAAGAUGGUCUUGCUCUAACUGUCGCAGAUGCUGAAACCCACAAUAAGGUAGAGACUGCAAUGGUGCCAGUUGAAACAGUUGCUGAGACUGCUCCUAAUGGACCUAUAAUGGAGAGCGGAAAAGACGAAAAGAAAGAUGACCCUGUGCAUACUGAGAACCACAAUUCAAAUGAAGCAGGACCGGUUGUUGAUGUUAAGGUGGAAGCUUUCACCACAACACCUUCCGCUGUUGUUAAUGGAAGUAUGGAAAGAGAAUAUUCUCAUAAUACUCCAGAACAGGAUGAAGAACCACAUACAAACAGCUUGGCCAUCCACUCUCUUGAAGGUUCUGAUGCAGGAGGCAUAACUAUGACCUUCCUUGGCUUCAAAGAGGCAGAGCCUGGCCAGGGAGUAAAUGACGAUGAUGAGGUUGGAGAAAUUAUCCGAGCAGAAAGAGUGAUUAUUACAGACGAAGGGGAGGAAAUUGCAGCAUACGACACCAGCACGACAGAAGAGUUUGCUAUGCCCGUUGCGAAUGAAGACACACCGAGAAGCACAGAGGAAAUGGGUGAUGUGGAAGAGACAGAGAACCACCUCGAACCUUAUGCUGAUAUAGAGCUGGCUGGAUCAAGUGAAGUUUCCCAAAAUUUAGACAGUCCUGCUGAGAAGGUGGUUACGGGUUUGACAGUUGGAGAAGAUCGAAUGGACCCAGAACUACCUGAGACACAGCUCCAAAAUGAGACAUUAGAUGGUGCUAUUGAGGUUUACCAAGUUCCAGUGUAUUCCACAACUCAGCCGUCACCCACAAUCAGACCGAAAGUAGAGGGUGAGGCAGUAGAAUCGCAACCUCCAAAAGAAGAGGAGGCUGUAGCGGCCAUACGCAUCUCCCUAAGCCAAUUUCAAGAGGUUCCCCUUGAUGGUGUUGGAGAAAAAGCAGAGUCCAGCAACAUGGCAGGAACUGAGAGACCGACUGCAGAACAAGAGCCUCUGCUGGUCUCCAAAGCAUCUGCCCAGCUUGAUACCAGCAGCCCAAAUCAGCCAGAAGACGCAGGUGUACCAAAACAAAAAACCUGCCAGUGCUGUUCGAUUAUAUGAUCUUGUGUCUUGCCAUCGAGCGAGUGUUCCCCUUAAUCUUCAUCUCUUUUGUUGUCUUGACUUUUACUUUGAAAAUAAUGUGGGUAUGUCAAGAUGUUCAUAUUUUGAUCUUCAGCUGAACACGUCAAAACUCGCAGCUGAACGAAUCCUUUCUCUUUGCAGAGGUUUCAAAGGACCUUAUGCAUUGUUACUAAAGAGCAGCAUAACUUCAAAACAGAGCCUUAAUUCUAAAGACUUCAUUCUUUGUAAUGGUUUCUCAGAAUUUCCAUAAUGCUUAUCUGUAUAAAAACAAAACUUUAUUACAUUGGAGGAAAGGACUUGUCACUUGUUCAAGCUUCCAUGUGCAAUUUAUUGUUGAUGUAUCAUGAUAAGGUGCAUUCCCUUCAUGCCUUUAGUGUGUCUGAUUAUGAUACAGGUUUUUAAUUCUGGUGACUGGUGAGCAGUGGUUCUCAACUGGUUUUGCUUCAGGACCCAGAUUUUACACUGGAGAGCAAAGUUUUCAUUAUUUUACCUUGCAUAGGUUUGUUCACGAUUUUGAGGAUGAAGGUAUAUCAUGCAACCUUAAUUCCAGAAAUGUUUUUCCCAAUAAUUUUCCAUAGGGAUUUCAUAAAAGCAUUCUAAGCCAUAGACCAAACCAACCAACUCUGAUUUGUCUGAAUUACAAGCUUUGGUUUGGAGCAAAAAAAAUAUUAGAAAAUCAGGCAAAAAAACAAAGGUACAAGACUGUGUACCGAAUGAGGGCAUGAACUACAACCACAUGAAACAUUGCAAAUGAUGUAUUGGAAUUAAAAACUAUUUAUAAAAUGUGGACUUCAGGUUGUUGAUUGUAAGUAUAGACACAAUAUAUUUAAAUUGUAUUGCAAUAUAGAAGUAGUUUAAAAGUUUUGUGAGACCAACUCAAUUACGUCAUUCACAGUGCAACAUGGAGUAUGUGGUUGCUGCAGUGUUUUUUCAGCAUUUCUUUGUAGCGACUCUUAGAUUAGUGGAUCUUACUCUACGGGAUCAUGUGAAGUGUAGUUCUUCACUAGAAAUGGCAAGUUGAAUUAACGUGGACUGAUGGCUUCAACAGAGGCAUAUAAAAUCGAUUAACAACCUCUUAGGUCACGGUAUGUCUGCCUUUUAUAAGUUAAUAAGUUAUCAUUAAAAAUGUUAUUCAUCAACGGAGAAAAUGAAUGCUUCUACCAAGUGACAUAAGAGUUUGUUCCAAAACAAUGUAGAGUAUGACUGAAUGCACAGCCUUAGAUGUCAGGAAGUUUUUUCUCCUCCUUUUUUAAAGUUGAUAAGACUAUUUAUUUCUCCAUCCUAAAUGCAUGAUUAUUUGAUUAUUAAUGGAUUAUUAACAGAACCUUCUUUCUGAGAACCUUGCAGAACAGACGUGCAAUCCAUUUCUUGGUCAUGACCCACCAGCUGAGAACUAAUGCUCUAGAGCACUGGCUGUCGACCCACUGGGCCUUGACUGUUUUAACACGGCUAUAUAAAAAAGUUUUGUUAUUGCCAUGGAAAUCAACCCAUGAGGUUAGCUAAUAAUUAUCUACCUACAUAAGCGCACUGGUGUAUUACUCUUUCAUUAAAUCAUUUGUGUGCCUUCAUAAUGAAUUAAAAGCCUGAUCUUAUAUUGCAGAGAAAUGGUAAACUUUGAUUUUAUAUGUGCUGUAGCUACAUUAAUCUUCAAAGAUUUUAUUGCUUAUGUGAUACGAGUUGUUUCAAUGUGACUGCUUUAAUAGUUACAAUGUCUUCAACUGCCAGAUGAGUGUUUUUAGAAUUAUAUAACGUUACUUCAGUAUAUUUCUCUUUUUAAAAUAAUAGUUAACCCAAAAUUCAAAUUCUUUCUUGCCUUCAUGACGUUCAAAAUCUGUAUGACUUUCUUACGUAGCACACAAAAGGAGAUGAGAUUUUAGAGCAUUUGUGGAAAACAGGAUUUUCAGUGAAUAUUUACUUUUUAAAAUGUUUGUCUGUUUAUCACACAACAAACCUAUGGCAUUGGCAUUGCUAGCACUGUGCUCUACCAGUUGAUCUGCAGGAACCUGUCUUAACAUCUCUAUUUAUGUCCUAACAGAAAGUCAGCCAUAUGGAUUUGGAACCAUAUUAGAGUGACUAAAUUAUUUUCAGUUUUGGGUGAACAAUUCCUUUUAAGAAAGCUCAUAUCCAGCUCAUAUCUCAAAUUUGCAAGCAUAUACAGCUUUAACAAUCUUGUUUUAAUGUUAAUUAUCCAACUUGAAUUUCUGUGAGAAAGUUUGUGUUUUUUCUUUUCUUGACCCUUGUUUCAUACCAUGAUGUGUAAUCAUUAUUAUUCAAAGUUUUCCAUUCAAUUUAGGACCAUCAUGUUUUUCAGCAUAGAAAUUUUACGUUUAAAAUAAAAUACGAAGUGCCUUGUAUGUACAGUAUCUAUAAUGACUGGAAUGGGAGUGGUUGAGGAUUGUGUAUAGAAAGUUUACAUUAAAAGAGCUGUGAGAUAAAUAAAUAAACUAAGUUGAUCAAAUGGGAUUGUACAUUUUUUCUUCUUGGUAAAUUGUUACUACUAGAUGAGGAUGUAUAUAAUUUUAAUGAUGACAGCUUUUGUUUAAGGUGUAGUAAUAAUUUCUGCUGCACCAAACAGAAUUGCUGUUUGAGUGGCAUAUCAUUGGCUCAACCAAUGGUGUGACCUUUGGGUGGGGCUACCUGUUUGAUCAAACAAUAAGAGA